AUGGCAAAAGCAAAGCAGUUGUCUUGUCCUAUUCGUGAUAGCUUUUCAGGAAUUGUAAAGAUGCAAAAAGAAUCAAGAUUUCUUCUUAACUUGGAAGCUUUCCCUCACAUUCUCGUAGAGCGGGAAAAGGUAGACUCCCUAACGGUUUCUCACCACGCCACGAGAGUUACACUUGGAAUGGUAGCAGUAGAGAAGAAAGGAAUUGUGGGCAAAAUAACGUCCUCUUUUUUGCAUUUUUUGUAUGAUAAUAUCCUAAUCCCAAAUCUCAAUAAGAAUCGUUACUACAAUGAAAGCAUCCAAUUCUUACACCACCAGCUUGAUUCACGUGUCAAAACUAGCAUGAAGGUUGCUAUAAAUGAAGCUGUUUUCCAAGCUAAACGUCAAAUAUUUCUCCAAGACUUUUAG